UGAUCAGUAUUCCUCUAUAAAAAGGCCGACCGAUCCUUUACUUAGAAAAACGUCCCCUACUGCAGAGUACAACAUCUCUCUCUCUCUCUCUCUCUCUCUCUGAAAAGGGAAUCAAGGAAUGGAAGGGUCAAAGAAGAGGGUAUCAUGGAGCAGAAGAUCAAGAACAGGAGGAUCGUCGUCACUGGGAAGGUGUCUAAAGCAGCAAAGAGCAAGGCUUUACAUUAUGCGGAGAUGUGUUGUCAUGCUACUCUGCUGGCAUGACUAAACUCAGAUGAUCAACUUUUAUUAUUACUACGUACUACUUCUAUCUCUCGUUUUACUAAUUUUCAAAUUAACGGCGAGCGGAGCCGACCCGAGUUAAUUAAAGCUCGAGGUGCGGCCGUUUCGGCCCCCGGAAAAUUUGCGAAUUUAGAAUUCUGAUCUCUCUCUCUCCCACUCUCUCUAUUGUGUAAAUAGUAGUAGCAAUUAAUGAGAAAUGUUGAGUAUUUAGUGCUA